GCAAAUAAUUGUAGUUAUAAAUGCUUGCACUCUCCGAUUCUAAUGAACAUUUGAAUAGAAACAACAAAACAGUUAGGAAGAGACCGUUUUAUAAGUGGCUUAUAUAAUAUAAUUUGUAGUAAAUUUUAAAAAGAAAGCAAAAAGAAAAAAACACAAACUUUGCAUAAUGACGUUGAAGUUUUUGAUAUUGUUCGUUAUCGUGGUAACGUUUGGAGGCGCGUCUCAGGCAGCCACAUACUUGACAGAAAAACCCGCUUUUUUGACACCAUGUCGCCGAGAUGAUCCUGGUUUUGAAAAGUGUUUCACCUCCAACUUUGAUGCGAUCUUUCGCGAAUAUAAAGACGGAAUUCCUGGGUCAAAAGAGGUUAAAUCGCUAGAUCCCUUACCAGUGAAACGUGUGACUAUAGCUCAAGAUGCCAAGGGUCCCGUAUCGUUAAACGCCGAGCUUACUAACAUGUUAAUUAGUGGAGGAAGCAAAGCGCAGACCCAGAAAGCUAACUGGAAAGAAAAGGAAGCAACGUUAAGUUUAGUUUUCUUUGCUCCUCAACUGAAAGUCCAAAGCGAUUACAAAGUCGACGGAAGGAUACUAAGUUUACCCCUAAACGGUCAUGGCAAACUUAACUUCGUAGUAGACAAGAUUACUAUGGCCAUUAAGAUCAAAUAUAAAUUGCGAAAGGAACAUGGUUUCACAUUUUCUGAUAUCGUAGAUUUUCAUUUGGAUAUCGCAGAAAUUGGUGGCUUUAAUAUUAAGCUCGAGAAUCUAUUUAACGGUCAAAAGGAUCUAGAAGAUGCUGCAAAUAUGACGUUCAAUGAAAAUUGGCGCGAUCUCUACGAGGCGUUGAAGCCAGCGAUUAGACAGACAUGUGAAGCCGUCUUGGCCAAUCGCGUGAAAGCGGUAUUCAAAUUUAUUCCGGCCAGUUAUUUCAUUGAAAACUUGUAGUUGUAUGUAAUAAUUACUUUUAGUCAUAAUUUUAUGUUAUUCACUGUGACAAUAGAGAUUUAAGUAAAAUUAAAAAUUCACAUAGAUACCGUUGUUCAAAUUUCACAAUUUUCACAGCAGUUCCCACAAACUAUAUGUAUGUGUGAGAUUUACUUUACUUGUUUAGUGUACGAUGGCAUAGCAAGCGCUGAAGGAAAAAAAAA